UUUACGUCACCGCCUACGCACCAACCAAUGGGGUCGCGUCGGCUACUGCCGUCGGUGACAGUCCAUCCAAUCGGGUGGCUCGGAGGGGCAAACGGCGCCUAUCCGCUGUAGGCAAUAUAAGCGGGUGGCACCGCCUGUUCAUGCCCCAUCGGAGCUACACGCAGCGCCUUACAGCCAACUCACGAUUAGCGCCAUGGGACGCGGCGACCCCAGCAAGCCGCGCGGGCGCAUGUCGUCCUACGCAUACUUUGUGCAGACGUGUCGCGAGGAGCACAAGAAGAAGCACCCCAACGACUCCGUGGCUUUCACCGACUUUUCCCGCAAGUGCAGCGAGCGCUGGAAGGGGUUGUCUCCAAAGGAGAAGCUGCGGUUCGAGGACUUGGCGCGUGCGGACAAGACUCGCUAUGACACCGAGAUGAAGGACUAUGCCCCAGCGCGUGGUGGACGCGGCGGCCCUGCGCAGCGCAAGAAGAAGGACCCCAACGCCCCCAAGCGGCCCCCGUCCGCCUUUUUUAUUUUUUGUGCCGACUUCCGGCCGCAGAUCAAGGCGGACAACCCUGGCAUGGUGAUUGGCACCAUUGCCAAGCGACUCGGGGAGAUGUGGGGUCGGCAAACAAAUGAAAACAAAGCUCCGUACGAGCACAAGGCCAACAUACUCAAGGAGAAGUACAAGAAGGAUGUGGCUGCGUACCAGCGCUCAGGAGCAAGUGCGAGUGGUGCACACAAACCAGCAGCAGCUGCUCCCAAGCGAGGAAAGCCGGCCGCGACAGCUGCAGCGCCCGCCCGUCACGAUGAUGACGAAGACGAAGAUGACGAGGAGGAUGAGGAGGGAGACGACGAUGAUGACGACGACUAUGAGGAUGACGAGUGAUUGCGCCGUCAGACGCCGGCGAUCAGCUGGGUCUGAUGAGGCAUGGGGAGGCGAAGCCUCUAGGCGGCCGAUUGCCAAGAAGCAACUGCAUAACGGUUGCUGUUAGUAACGUGUUUUCUUGGGCAGUCAUUUUUAAUGUUAACCUGUUAAGGAACAGCAGGGUUUUGUGUGUGCGUGUGUGUGCGUAUAUAUGUAUAAUUUAUAUAUAUACACAUGUACAGCUCCCCCAUGCAACGCGUGCCCGUGCGCUACUGGUUUAUUUUGUAACGGUUGUUUUCUCUUUUUUGUUUAAGUAGCCCGUUUUAUGCCAAUUUGACGUUGGAUUAAUUAAAAACGUGUACAUUUUA